UAAAAUGGGGGCAAAAUGGAGAAAGAGAAAGAAACAGCAGCGAGAAAAAGAGGAGAGAUGGCACACAGAAAAACCAGCGGAAGCAAACUCCUCAUGACGGUGUUGUAUAUGGUGGCAGCGUGCAGUGCCAUCCCCAUCAGUGACCUGCUGGACCGAGCCUCUCAGCGCUCUGACACACUGCACUCCCUCAGCACAACACUGACCCAGGAGCUGGACUCUCAUUUCCCUCCUAUAGGCCGCAUGAUCAUGCCCCGCCCCUCAAUGUGCCACACCUCCUCUCUGCAGACACCAAUUGACAAGGAGCAAGCUCUUCAAGUAUCAGAGUCAGACCUGCUGUCAUUGGCUCGCUCCCUGCUCCAAGCCUGGGUAGACCCCCUGGUAGUCCUGUCCACCUCCGCUAACACCCUGCCUCACCCUGCCCAAAGCAACAUAUCUAACAAAAUCCAGGAGCUGCAGCAGCACUCCAAGAACCUGGGAGACGGCCUGGAUAUCCUAUCUGGCAAGAUGGGUCCAGCGGCUCAGACCAUCUCCUUACUGCCCUACAGAGGAGGCAAUGACAUCGGCCAGGACAAGAUUUCCAAAUUGACCAACUUCCAUUUCCUGUUGUCCUGCUUCCGCCGGGACUCGCACAAGAUUGACAGCUUCCUGAAAGUCCUCCGCUGUCGGGCGGCUAAAUUGCUACCUGAGAUGUGCUGAAGAGUGAGGCAGCCAGCUUGACUCUGAG